AUGUUGCUCCGAGAGCUGCUCGAGUCCGACGAAGGGAAGAGCGGCGAGCUCGAUGUGGAUGCCGAGCUGGAGGUGGCAGACUACAAGUUCCUCCGGCACAUGUGGCACGUCCUCCGGACGACGGCCGAGGACAUUGUCUCGUCGGGUGCCCACGUGAACUCAGGUGACGAUGGCGAGCCGCUACGGGUGCUGAGUGGCGUCGCCUUUGUGAUGCAGCGGGUGUUGGCAGACGAGGCGCGGAAGGCAUCCAAGUCGAUGUUUGCCGUCGCGUCGCUCCUCCACGACAUCAUCCUUGUUCUGCCUAACACGCUGGACGGCGACGCGCUCAAGAACGAGAUUGCACUGUUCUGCGAGACCUGGUGGACGCAUGCCAAGCCGGGGCGCGAGGCGCUGGUCCCGCAGACACUGUGCUACCUGCUUGUGCGGGGCCUGUCCCCGGGCGGGACGCCGGGCGAUGUCAAGCGGGUGGCGGCGAUGCGGACGGCGUUUGAGCUCCUCGACUUUGAGCACGAGUCGACCGAGUCGAUCAAGGACCUCAUUUUGCGGACGCUCUUCUCACCGCUGUUCCUGGGCGCGGCGGCUGGCAUCAAGUUCCUGGCGCACAUGUUCAACCUCUCGGGCCCGUUUGCCAGCGAGAUGCACGUGACCAUGAAGGGCCAGAUGCCGAUGGCCAAGCUCAAGAUGCUCAACUCGUACGGCGAGGUGUACUUUAAGGCAUGGAAGACGGCGGGCGCGGCGUCGCGUGACGCGAUCGAGUACAACUUUGUGCAGGAGCUGAUGAGCGCGGGCGUGCACGCGUCGUCCAAGGGCCUCGCUGCGGCACUGCGGGCGGUGCUUGGAGCGUUCCACGAGCGCAAGCGAUAUCCGGGUGUCGACGACCUGCUGCUUCGGCUGUACGAGCCGAUUCUGUGGCGGGCGCUCAAAGCUGCGUCGCCCGAGGUGCGGUGCAACGCGGCGGCGCUGUUUGUGGAGGCCUUUCCGCUGCAGUCGCCUGCGGCGAGCCAGGUGGAGACCGAGGCUAACAUGGCGCGGCAGUUUGAGGCGCUCGGGUGCCUGCUGGACGACGAGGCUGUUGGCGUGCGGGUGGUGGGCAUCCACGGUGUGUCGCGGGUGCUCUCGCUGUUCUGGGACUUGCUUCCGCGGAUUCAGAUCCAGGCGUUCCUCAAGAAGCUGGUGGGCGAGCUCGCGUUUGAUGCGAGCUCGCCGGCGGUGCGGGUGGCCGUUUGCGAGGGCCUGAGCUUUGUCCUCGACAAUCACCUCUCGCAUCCGAUGCUCAAGGCAGUGCUGUCGCGGCUGUCACCGCUGCUUGACGACGUGUCGGACAAGGUCCGCGGUGCGUUUGCAGACCUGCUGCUGAGCGUCAAGACGCUGCGGUCAAUCAAGUUCUGGGAGGUGGUGCCGGUCGAGUCGCUGCUCGCACGGCUGGCGGUCGACAGCGACAAGAUGUGCCGCAAGCUGGUGCGGCUGCUGGCAGCGACAUACUUUCCGACGGCGAACACGAGUGCGAGCGCAGCAACGCAUGUGGUCCAGCGUGUCAUUGUCUUUGUCCGCCAGAACCCAGUUGCAGCGCUCAACUUUUACCGCCACGCCCACAAGGCCGGCCCGAUUUCGGUCUCGGACGUGGCGUGUCUCAUUGAGGAUCUCGGCGCGCUUGUGGACAAGGCGGUGGCAGCCGCGCGGGUGUGUGCCCCGCAUCCGGCCACCAUUUCGACCCGUGCGUCGGGCGGACACGCCGACAUCUUUGCGUCGUCAGUGGAGGGCGUGGAGCUCGAGCUGAGCGAUGAUGGCGACGAGGCUGCACGGUCGAUCAAGCGGCGGAAGUUGCUCGAGGCCGAGAAGAGCGGCGAGGGCGUGGCGCGCGCGAUCGAGCUGCUCUCGACCGACGAGACGGCGGUGAUUGGCGGGCUGAUUGUGGUUCUCGGCGCGCUGCGGUCGUCGAUCAGCAAGUCGCUGGCCAAGCCCGUGUUUGCGCCGCUUGUGAUACGGCUCAACAGUCUGCUUCCGCCGGCGACGGUGGUCAGCAUCAUGGAGUGGGCCCGCCAAGUGUCGAGUGGCGCAGUUGGCGCGGUGCUGGCGCUGGCGUCAUCGCUGCCAGACUCGCAGCUGGCGGAUUUGGCCAAGUACUGCCUCGGUGCGCUUACGGGCGGUAUUGCUGGGCAGUCAUCGUCCGAGUGGGCGCCGCAUCUGCUCUGCCUCGUCGAGUGGGGAAAGCUUGACCUUGUCGUCGAUGGCCUCGCGUCGGCGCUUGUGCGCGGCCGGACGAGCUCUAGCCGGGCCGGUGCGCGCAAAAAAGCACGGACGUUGGGCGGCGAGGGCCCGUCGAGCUCUGGCAAGACGGGGGAGAUGAGCGCUGGGUUUGCGCUCGACGUUGUCGAGUUUAUGUUCAAGGACGCACACCUCCGGUCUGUGCUUGCUCAGCCGGAGCACUUGGGGCAUGUGAUGCGGCUGACGGGCGCGACCGCGGCGUACGGCGAGGGCCUGGAGGCGCGGCUUGUGCACGCACUCACGCUCGAGGCUGCGGCACCGGGUGCAUCUGCGGCAGCUGCGGCGCUCAACACGGUAUUUGCGGACGAAGAGGGUGCGGCGGACGAAGAUCCCGGCUCGGACGCGUUCUGCGUCCGAGCUGCACUUACUGGUCUCCGGCUUGCGCUGCACAAGCAGGCGUACCGUGGGGCAAGCCGGGCACCACCGGGCGAGGUUGUCGACGCGGUGACUGCGGUGCAGACUGAGAUUGGCCCUGCGCUGGCGUCGCUGGCGUCUGCGGAGCGCGAGCGAGCAUCGGGUGGGCGCAAGCGGCCGAGCGGAAAGGCCGGCUCGGGCAUCGACAUUGCGCUCCAGUACGUGAACGGCGUGCUGAGCAUUGCGGCCGACGCGCUGGCGAUCGGGAUGCGAACCGGCGGGUUUGCGACGAGCUUGAGCGGAGCGCUGGUGGUGGUGAUGCAGUCUGCGCCACCUAAGCUUGCGCGACGGGCAACCAAGGCAGCGGGGCGGGUGUUGUUCCAGGAGUUUGAGGCAUGCGCCGACGUCGACGCAGCGCUGCGGCUGACGGGCGAGCUGGUGGCAGCGGCACCGAGCAAGUACGUGGGCAUUCUGGCGGCGCCGCUCAAGUCUGUGCUGGCACUGUACGAGAAGCAUCGGCAGCUGCAGGUUGUGGUGCCGCUGCUCGCGCGGCACGCGCUGGCGGUGAGCGCCAAGACCACGGCGAGCGGCGGGUCUGUGCUCGACGAGCUUCCGCUGAGCGGAGGCGACGAGAACUCGGGGACGGCGGUGGCGCUGGCGCUCAAAGCUGCGCACUUUGAGGAGCUUGCCGGGCUCCGGCUAGGCAAGAGCGACGAGGCCGAGAUCGACGGUGUGGUAGGCAUGGUUGUCGAUGUGUGCACCUCUAGCGCACCCCGUGCGGCUGCGUUUGUGGCGGCGCUCAAGACCAUGAUCAAGCGCGCGCACUCGGCGCGGGUCCUUGUGGCGGCGUCUAACCUCAUUGCCGAGGCCGUGGCCAAAAUUGGCGACCGGAAGGGCGCAGCAAGCGUGGCGAGCUCGGCGGCCAAGGCGGUGCAGGCUGCGGGUGCACGGCUGCCGAGCGAGGCCAUGGUUCUCCGCAAGGAGCAUGAACGGCUGGCCGGCGUAUGGAUGGCGGCGUAGCAGAUAACUGCUGUGCGGCGCCUACGGGAUAAAUGACAUGUAC